AUGGAGCUAAUAUAUGAGACUGCGAACAGCGAUACCCAGGUCGGGGGCCAAAAACCCUCUUCACUCACCGACCUUCCAAUUGAUAUUCUAGUCUAUUUGCUUGAUAACUUUCUACACCUCGAAGAGUGGAGAAAAGACAAGUUAAAUUGGGACGAACCCUGGGGGGUACAUGCCGCAACUGAAGGCUUGCAGACCAUUCAAAACCUACGCCAAGUAUGUCGCCUGUUCCACGACCUAGUAUCGCCGCUCUUGUGCAGGAGACUGCGUAUCCAUCUCGAUCCACAGUCAUUGGACCAGGCUCGCGGCAUAUUGAGGAAUCGAGCCAUCGCCUCUGGCGUGAGAGGCGUCCGAGUCGCAAUCCCGUACCGGCCCAAGGAGCUUGCUUUGAAUCUAUCCUCGUUCGUUGAUGUUCGACUUAAACAACUGGCAGAACCAUACCAUGAAAUCAUGAGUAUCCUAGACACACGAUGGAUGAACGGUGAUCCAGAUGAUACGCAAGACGAAGAGUCAUUCCCACGCGAGAGGAAAAAUUAUCAUGAUAUUUUAUUUAGUUGGCGACCUCGCGAAACUAGCACCGAAGAUGCAGCCGACUCCGGGGCAUUUGUGUACAAAACUCACAAAAUUGAGCCUGCAGUGCGUGACGAGUAUAAACAGAUUCUGCUCCAAGGUCACGAAAUCUUCAGAGAGCGAUACGAAGCCCAGCAGAAACUUAUUGAGACUGGGCUUUUCGUGGAGACUAUCGCAGAUUUAAUUCGCCAAAUACCAAACACGGUGUCUUUGAGCUUGGUGGAUAGGUUCCCACCCAAAUCUUACCGCGAGAGGAAGGACAUUUCCUUGCUUGUAAACAAGGAAGAACUCUUACCGUUUCUGACCUCCCCAUUCAACUGGUCGGAUCUUUGGACCAUGCCAGAUCCACCACAACUUAUUCCAGCUCGAAUUCUGACUGAGCUCCCAAUAGCCAUCCACAAAUCGGGGCGGAGUCUGCGGCAUCUCCAUCUCGGCUGCAUCCCAGUCGAACACGGCUUCGAGCAACUUGACCCAGGCACAGAUGGCUUUUCAUGGUCCCAAUUACGGGAGGCCUGUCAGCAGCUAGAGGUGUUUGAUCUUAAGGGCCCCCAGAUGAAUCUUCUUCCUUUUCGACCAGAGAGCAUCCCUCUUCCGAGUCGACAAUUCCUCGUGGAGUUCUUCGGCGCAAUCCUUUCCAGUAACAAGCUUCAAGACGUUAAUCUUGGCUUGCUCUGUCUGGGUGUGAACAAUGGCAGAGAUAACGAUAGAGAAUGGUGUCCCCUGGGUGCCAUCUUUCGAAACAUAUCCUGGCCAAACAUUCGAAAGGUCCGGGUCUCGGAUAUAGGUUUCUCACAAGACGAACUUGACCAGUUUUGCAGUGGCCUUGGCUUUGGUCUUGAGAAGCUAAGUUUAGGCUCCUUUCAGUUGAGAAGUGGAAGCUGGGUGGACGCUAUUGACAUGCUACACGAGAGAGUCGCUGUCCGACACGCAACCCCAGGCUUUUGGUGUUAUUUUUCCGGCAUGAUAGGGGGUGAAUUUGGGGGAGGAAAGAAGACGGUGGAUAUUACUAGGGCUCUAAUGAUGGGCUACAUACAAGACGAGAGAACCAGUCGAGCCCUCACUCUCCAACUUCUCCGCAUCAUUGUUCAAGAGCAUCUGACGAAGUAG